UUUUCAUGUUACUGAGCGCAAAAAAACGAAUGCCUAGCCUUCAGUCGGUAGUUUUCCUGCGAAUUCACCCCAUUGUAAUAACGGAUUCCUUUGCGGGAAUCGCCCGGCGUUUGUUGAUUCAACCAAAUUAAGGGGCAUAAAAGUUCAGGCAGAAUCUCGCAGUUUUCGACACUCAGCACACCUCAGUCGAAGGAUGAUGGCUGCCGCAUUCUUUAUUGGUCUGAUGCUCGCUUUGUUACAAUCGAUCGUAUGUGCCUUUGUACCUCCUUCUUUUCUUCAUAACAAUGGCCAAGAAAAGCCGUGCUUCCACGGAGACUCCAUAUACGACCCGUGGGAACGCUUUGCUGAUGAAUCCUGCACUGGAUGGUGCAGCUGUAACGGCCGAACUGGAAAUGUGGGAUGUGUUUCCUUGUGUCCCCCCCGUGGCCCUCCCACGUGUUCUUUAGGGGAACUCCCCGAAGAGACAGAGGAGCCAUCUGUGGAUCCAACGGGAAGGUGCAAGUGCAAACGGAAGUCUUGCUCUCCGAGACUUAACCUCCCACCUCCCCUGCCUCCAGUAAAAAUACCUGAAGAACAUGUUCUUCCAGAGUGUAAAAACCGUACCCCAAGAGAAUGGUUCAUCAACGAUUCUUGUACAGGAAGAUGCAAGUGCCAAUAUGGUGGCAUUACUUGUGUUUCACUUUGCUCGCCAAUGGUAGUUAAAUGCCCGUCGGAUAUGGAGGAGGAGUCUUACGAUUAUCCAAUGGAUGACAGAGGAAAAUGCAGCUGUAAGCGCAAGAGAUGCGUGCCAAAAGUUGGAGCAUGAUUUUGUUGCUGACAGCCUGACUGGACUCAUCAGAUCUUUUGAUUACGAUUAAUAUCAUAAUUAGUUUUUAUGACCCUUAUCAGACAUGGCAAUUAUCGUUGAGUUUCUUUUGAGAUUAUGUGAACCUGGCCUCAGGUCAAUGGUGUUAUUUACUAUUAUUAAACAUCAGACGAGAGCAUUCAGUCAAUUGCAACAGCGUAUGAAGUUGACAAGAAAACCCGGGCAAUAUCAGCAUUAGAUAUUGGGGUAUCAUCUUGAGUUCAAAGUCUACCUAGUUACCAACCCCCCUUCAUCAGUUUAGUGUUCUCAAACUUUUGCAAACUCAGAGAGAAUUAGUAAGUUUGUUUCUUUACCGAUUGUUUAAAAUAUGUAUUAUAAAACAAUUAUUGAAUUCGGUUUUCACUAAGCAAUUAUUAGAUGAGGUUGAACAUUAUAUCAUGAAUUAUCAAACCUCGUAUCUGUGUUAUAUGUCUCAGCCUUCGGCUUCGACAGCUUAGACCUCGGCAUCGAUAUUUCAUGAUGUAAUGUUCAACCUAACCCUUAGAGUCAUCCGUCUUUAAGGUUGCAAGAGGUUAAUAAGUUCGCCAGAAACCAGAUUACAACGCACGGGAAACAAAAAUUUAUAGUCCCGAGUUCAGUAGGAUGCCAGGAACAAGGUACACUUGAAAACAGAAGCAUCCUUCAUGCAUGAAGUCUCCUUUCUAGCUGGCAGAGCAAGCGUCAGUUUUGGCGGACGAGUGCUCAGUUAUCUUAGUGAAAAUUGAAACUGCCAUCUUCGAUUUUUAUAACAGCGGAAGGCUGGGGAGAGAAAAAAAUUGUACCAAGGGGGUGAGCGAUGGUCAAAAAGAGGGAGACCAUCUCGACCUCAGAAUCUCAACUUUCUAUGCCUCUAUGUUUAAUUCUCCAUACUAAAUUCUUCAUACUCCUCUCGAUGCAAUUCCUACAAUACUGACAAGGAGAAUUUGUUUAACAGUCAACUACUUAUUUACUAGAUUAUAAGAUACUAUAAUCUCA